UUUCGAACCGUGAACUCGCGCUUUUCGCCGAACGCUCGCUAUGCGCGUCUCAGUGUGCGCCGUAGCGUUCGCGUUGUCUAGAUUCUUUGUACCAUUCCUGGCAUACCACAAACAGACAAACUCUUCGUAUUAACGGACCAAAAUCCGUCCUAAUUAGCGUGAAAGUUGCCGCAGAGCCUACAGAUUUCAAUUUUGGUCCGGAAAUUAAAAACAGAAAAGUGCGCCAAAUUUAAAAGUGGUCUUUAUUUUCAAUAAUUUCUAAGAGGGAGGAUACAAUAGCAAAGGACAUAAUUUUCUGGUAAUGGUCCUUUUUGAUCCGAUGGUUGCCGACAUAACGGGUAAUUGGCAGCGUGGUGACGCCCGGCAGCACCAUUACCUCACCGUGGACGCCGGUAGCAGGCCCGCCGGCUGAUUCAAACGGCGGGCCUGAUUCUAAGAACCUCGACGUAGGAGAUCUCAGCGACGAUGAAAAGGACAUGACAGCGGCCGACGCCGAAGGCGUAUGGAGUCCGGAUAUAGAACAAAGUUUUCAGGAAGCGCUGGCCAUAUACCCACCAUGCGGACGACGGAAAAUUAUAUUAUCAGACGAAGGAAAGAUGUACGGUCGAAACGAACUAAUAGCACGAUAUAUUAAACUGAGAACAGGAAAAACGCGCACAAGGAAACAAGUCAGCUCACACAUACAGGUAUUAGCCAGGCGGAAGUUACGGGAAAUCCAGGCCAAGCUCAAAGUUGAUCACGCUGUCAAAGAGAAGACGCUCCAAACGAUGUCGACAAUGUCAAGUGCGCAGAUAGUGUCGGCCACUACUGCAAUGCACAGCAAGUCGGCGCACGCUUAUAACUUGGGUCUUAACGCCCAUAACUUAUCUUUUCCUGGAACGGCGUUCUGGCAACCUGGACUUCAACCUGGCACGUCUCAAGAUGUCAAACCUUUCGCCCAGGCAGCUUACCCAGGCAAACCUGCAACAGCAGUGUCAGCAGGCGACGUGGGGGCAUUGCAGGCGGCGCCCCCGCCAGUAUGGGAAGGCCGAGCUAUUGCUACGCAUAAACUAAGGCUGGUGGAGUUCUCGGCGUUUAUGGAGUCUCAAAGUAGAGAAGAAGCGUAUCCCAAACAUCUGUUUGUACACAUAGGAGGGCCAGCGCUGUCCUACACGGACCCCCUACUCGAAGCAGUAGACGUCCGACAAAUAUAUGACAAAUUCCCAGAGAAAAAAGGCGGCCUCAAAGAACUCUAUGAUAAAGGUCCUCAAACCGCCUUUUUCUUAGUUAAAUUUUGGGCUGACCUUAAUUCAACGAUACAGGACGAAUCGGGAGCUUUUUACGGAGUAACUAGUUCGUAUGAAAGUAACGAAAAUAUGACGAUCACCUGUUCGACUAAAGUGUGUUCGUUCGGUAAGCAAGUGGUGGAAAAGGUGGAGACUGAGUAUGCUCGGUACGAGAAUGGCCGAUUUGUUUAUAGGAUACAUAGGAGUCCCAUGUGCGAGUACAUGAUCAAUUUUAUCCAUAAACUCAAACACUUACCUGAAAAGUACAUGAUGAAUAGCGUCUUGGAGAAUUUUACGAUUCUGCAGGUCGUAACCAACCGAGAUACUCAAGAAACACUCCUUUGUACGGCGUACGUGUUCGAGGUGGCGACAGGAGAACACGGCGCUCAGCACCACAUCUACAGGCUGGUGAAAGACUAGCGCGAGCGCGGGAUCGUUCUACUACAAGUAACAUCCUUUCACUUCAGUGCCUACACACUUACAAUACUUAGUAUUAAUUAAUUAUUAAAAGAAAAUAGUUACUUGGUGUAACGAUAAUUUUAGAACAUUUUUAUUUGAGAUUUUUUUUGCCAUUUAUUUUUAUUCGAGCCCGCUGGGAGUAUAAGAAUCUUGAUUUUUUUUCUAUUUUAAAAUUUAUAUUAUACAAAAAUUAUUUAUUGGUAAAUUUACAAGAAUUUUAUACUCACAAGCAAAGAUAUUUUUGUCCAUUAAGUUUUUUUGCUAGCAAGGUACUACUUGCUUUACAGAGGAUUUUUUUUUUGUUUUUUAUUUUAGAUUGUUUUAUGAUUUUCUUCCCCCAAAACGUACUUUUAGGCUUAAGUCUUUCAUCCUUGAUGACCUUUUUUUUUGCAAUAUUUUUGUUUGUUUCAACAAGAAUUCUCACUUUAGGCCAAUUGAAAGCUUUGAGUUCGAUUUUUUGCUGGAACAUACUACUUUCUGUUACUUUUUAAGCUGAAGAUUUCUCUAUGCAAGCUUCAAGGCACAAUAUUUUUAAUCUCGUACAGGGUGAUCUUAUUAGAGCUUAGAUUUUUCAGCAAUCUUACCGAUCAAAAAAAUAUAUAAUAUAUGUAUUUUUGUAUUGAAAAGCUUCUGAUAUACUCACAUAUUAUUUUUCAUAGGGAAUUCUUUAAGUUUUCAAUUUAACAAUAAUUUGAGCUGCAAUAAUAAUUAAUAACCCAAAUAUUUGAUUACUUACUGGAAAUUCAGGAACAAAUACAUAUUUUAUUGAAAAUAUUCUUUUGGGUUUCGUUAAUAUAAAUUUAUGACAUGAUAAAACUGGGUGAUUAUUUUAUGAAAUUUCUUAAAGCAGGCAGUGAACAGUUUUUUGUUGCCUCCUCAAAAUAAUCCAUGAAAUUAAAUUUGUGUUACCCUUACUCAAAACAACAGCGUUAUUCUAAAAAAACCCAAAAUAGAUUCUCUUUUUUUUUCAAUUCCUGUCAGCACAUUACAAUAUUGAAUAUGAAAAAAAAAAAACAUUCCAGGCUAGAUUUGAACUGGUCUUAGUACUGUAAUGAGCUAUUCACGAGACUCAGGAUCUAGGAAAUCACAUAGUAUGAAAUGGAAAUUCUCUAUUAUCUGGUCUGAUAUCAUGCAGAUUGCAAGAGAAUUUAGAAGUAUAAAGAAACUUCUAGAAUUCCUAUAUCUGAAUUUACAUAUUAUAUUGCCCAGUUUUAGCCAUAACAAUUAUUCCAUCCUUAAAUAAAUUAUUUAUUUUAUUUAUGUCCUUAUUAGACGUACUGAUUUACUAUGGAGAUUCUUUUUUAUUUUAGGUCACCUGCUUUUUUUUUUAUUUCUUGCAAUAUUUGAUUUGAAAUUGUAGAUUUCCAAAAAUUUUACUGGAAAAUUGACAAAAUAGGAAAUCGAAUUUCAAAUUUAUUUUAAAAUAAAUUUAGACAAAGAAUUUAUCUAGGUUUAAACAUCCCCCUGGUAGGUUAUAAGAGUUUGCUAUUUGUGAUGAUAAUUUUUAACAUUUUAUAUGUAUAAAAUAAUUAUAGAAUUUAUAAUAAAAAUAAGAAAAUUUUAAUUAUUAAAAUACACAGUAUUUAAAAAAAAAUAUAUAUUAUUGAAAUUAUUUUUUGAUUGCUUCCUGGUUUGCCUUUGAAGAUAAUUAUUUUAUUUAUUUAUAUCUCUUUUUAUAUGUAAAGAAUGUAAAAUCGUGAUGUAAUAUUCAGUUUUGGAAUGAGUAUGGUAUGCCUCAUAAUUUUCAACAUUGGUUCAUCUAAAACUGAAUAUUGCUCUUCACAUAUUUUUGUGCAAUUAAGUAAAUUACUGUACCGAAAAAACUAUUAUUAUUUUCAAAUACAGGCGGCAAUGUAUUGAUCUCUUAGAUUUGAAAUUAUAAAUUUAAAAAAAAUUGUUUCGAUUUAACACUUGAGCAAUUUUUCGUGGUAGCUUUUUAAGUAUAAUUUUAAAAUAAGUUAAAUUUUAGAGUGAGUUUUUGUAUGUUUUUUUCUUUUAAUUAAAUUAAUUAACCUAGCGCAUGAUAUCUUCUGUGAAGGUAUUUUUUUUCUAGAAUGACCAUCAAAAUUACUAAAUAAGACUCUCUAAUAAACAAUAAGUAACUCUAAAAAAAAUCUAUUUUAAAAUGACUCAAGAGAUGGUGUCAGAGUUUGUAAAUAUGAAAAUGCGAAUUUUGUAAAUAAAUAUUUCUGUAAAACCCAGAGUAUGGCUUAAUUUUUAUGUUUUUUUUUUUGAGCUCUGUAAUACCUAAUAAUAAUUGUUUGAGUUGCCUUCUUAUACUUUUCUAGAAUUUAAUAGAUACCUACUUAUACCAGUCGGAUAAGAACACUAUCAAGACCAGACACCAACGAUUUCUAAACAUCGAUGAAACCUACCUAAUGAUAAUAAUAAUAAUAAUAAUAAUAAUAGUUGCUCCACAAAUAUUUCGUCUGUCAGUAUCACGUGAUAUAUGCCAUUGAUCAUCAUUCAUUGAUUAUCGAUAAAAAAAUGGCAAUUCCAAAAUUGAAAUCCAUUGAUCAUAAUUAUAAGCCUGGUGUACAAGGAGGAACUCUUAUCCCACAGACAUAGAUAAUAUUUAUUUUAUAUUUGCAUAACUAUUAUUUUUCGUUAUUUUUGUAUACGAUGGCAUUUCAAACAAUUUCAUGUUUUUUUCUUCUUAGGCAAUUUUUCCACCUAAAUCAUAAUAUUGUAUUAUGAAGGUUUUUGAUUCAUAUCUAUAAAUGCCAUAUCAGAAAGGUUAUAA